AUGAUCAUUCGAUGUUCUAUUAAUACCGGAGCGCAGAUCCACAUUUAUAACAACCUCAGUUUGUUUAUCGAGUUUCGGAAGAUAGAUAGCUCGAUUCGGGUAGGAGAUACCGAGACGAUAGUAGAGGGAAUCGGAACUGUUAUAAUUAUCGGAGUUAGCCCUAGGAACGAAGUACCGCGGCGAAUGAAUUUAUUCAACGUCAGAUACUCGCUAGAUUUCUAUAUAAAUAUUAUUACCCACGGCCUAAUGUUUAGAAAGAUAGGAGUAGUCUUAAACUUUAAGAAGAACUAG